UUCAUGGGCUGUAAAAUGGAGCAGGUCUGUGCUGACUGUAGCUGUGGAAAAUACAACUUCAGGAACUUUUUGUAAAGUAGUUUAGAUAAAGAAGCAACUCGUCAUCUGUUUUGAGGUUUCUGUGGGAGAGCUGCUCAGAGGGUGAGGAGGAAAACCAUCAAAUGCUAUGGAAGCUCAAACAAGAGCUGAAGGAUUCCCUUGUUGAUAUGUACAAAGCUAAUCCCAAAGUCAAUGAGGAACUGAAACAAAGGCUGCCGUCCCCUAUAAAGCGCCAUUGUUCAGAGACCACACCACAAUCUGGGUUCUGUGGUCAGGGCUCCAGCCCAGAUAUCUCGCAGGCUACACUGGAGGCAGCAGCUCCGGAGAAAAAGAUAAAAGGUCCUGACUCUCCCAGGGCUAGAGAAGACCCAGUACGUGGACCCUCUCCUCCUCCUCCACCACCAUUUCCAGCCCCAGUUAGAAAUAUAGAGGAGGUGAUGCUGUCCCCCCAAAGAGCCACCACACAGCACAGCCUGGGCAGAGAGGAGAUGGACAACAGGGCUGUCAGCAAAUCACCCUGCAUUACACCUGAGCCAACAAGACCCAGAAGUAUUACAGAAGAGGGCAAUGAGAAUUCCAAAGUUGGUCAUGACUCCAAACGGCAAGUCCCGUUCCUUGAUAAAGAGAAGAACAUCGUGUUCCUGUUGAAGGAGCUGGACUCACUCCGAGAACUCAAUAAAAAGCUCCAGGACAAGCUGGCCCUGAAGGAGAAGGAGCUUGAGACUAUGAGAUUGGACAGCCAGCUUCAUGAAGAGAAACUUGGAGUCCAAGCAUGUGAGAGAGCUGCAGCAUUAGUGGAGGAGAUUUAUAAAGCUCAGAGGGAGAGGGACCAGGCUGUCAUGGCCAGACUGCGGCUAGCUAAUAAGGAGCGGGAUGAGGCUCUUCUCCGAGCCAAGAAGCUUCAAGAGGCAGCGCUUGAGCUGGAGAAUAUUAACCCAGAAGAAACUGACAUGGACCUGGAGGAGUUGCUCAACAGGGUGAGCAGUGCGGAUUCUGCUUUGAGCAUUGAGCAGAGUGGUAUGGCCAUCAUGGAGCGCAUUCAGAGGGCUAGGGAACGCCGCUCUAAGAUCACCUCUGAGGAGAUGAAAGCUGUCAUAGAGGAGCGAGACAAUGCCUUAACCAGGUGCAAGCGUCUGGAGCAAGAGCUGCUUCAUACUCAAGAGCUGAGCCAGACCAACAGUACCCAUCACCUGAACAUGGCAAACAAUCAGGAAUGUGAGCGCAAGAUUCAGGCAGAGUUGGAGGCUGUACAGAAAGAGCGGGAUAUGGCUGUGGAACUUGGGCACAAACUGGAGGAGGAGCUCCAGGCCCUGCGCAGGUACCUCAGUGCACAGCAGAGCCAAACAGAGGAGUCUAGUAGGAAGGAGACUCCAUGCUUGUCCUCCGCCACCUGUAUUAAGGAUUGCAGCACAGCCCAGGGACAGAAUCUGCUGAGCCAUGUGCAGCAGCUCACCUCCGAGCUACAGAACGCUCAGACUCAACUCCGAAUGACACGGGAGUCUGAAAGAGAGGCUACUGAAAAAGUGCAUAAGCUAGAACGGUUGGUCGAUGUUUUGAGGAAGAAGGUGGGCACAGGCAGUGUCCGUACUGUGAUCUGACUGACCAAUGGGUGACUGGAACAGACGGCCACAUCUGGUGACCAGGCUGCUGUGUUUAACUCUGAGCAAACAGCCAAAGCCCUUCCUGGGCAAACAUGGGCUGGAAGUGCUGCUUGCUCUCACCCUCAGCCCUUCACUCACUUCUCAUAACCUCCACACACACUUUCUCAUUGUUACAGUCUCUGACUGAUGCUACUGCAACCAGACAUUUUAUCCCAACUCUAUCUUUGAAGUGUUUUUUUUUUUUUUUUUUUUUAAAUGUAUUGAUUUGAGCAAUGUGUUGAUUGUCCAAGGACAUGGGUAGAUUUAAUGGAAAUGCAGAUAUUUAAUGUGUGACAAAAUGAGUCUUAAUUAGGUCUUUUAUGUCCAAAAUGUAAAAUGAUGAUUUAAUUGGCCUGUUUUGUAUAAUAAAUGGUUUGGGCUACAGACUAAAUUUCAAAUGUGCCAAGCAAGCAUUGGUCUU